AUCUCUCAGUCUCUUGAUGUUCCUCCUCCAAACGGUCCAUGGCUCCAGGCUAGGAUAUCCCGAUGAGAGGUUGCCACUCUCCAGCCAGAAAAAGCCCAACUCCAAAGGAAGAUACAGGUAAUACUGUGCAAGAAGUAAGCGAAAGAUUUGAAUGAAAGAAAUCGAGAAAGCGCGGCUUCCCGGGGCUUCCUAAUGGCUUUCAUUUCGUUCCUGCAGUUGAGGUUUGCUCAACAUCUACGCUUAGAGGCCGGCUUCCUUUGCACAUCGGGUGGUUGCAUCAUAUAUUUGAUCCCUCCAUUGGAUGCUGCUCACCUCUGUCCAACCCACAACAGUGUAUUGUUAGGUAGCUUUACGGGUGCUGUCUGGAAGCUUCCAUCACCCCAUCAAGGUGACAAUUGGCGUCCACGAUCAUCAAAAACAACCGUGUCCGUCCGUCUCACGCUCAGAAAAAUUGACACACUGCUUGGUCCACAGCACCUCGGUAUGUACCUGGGGUGCUGGGCUUUGAGGGCCCCUGCAACUCAGCGGAGACCCCUAACAGAAAGAUCGACGCCAAGAUUUCCGCGGGGUUCUUGCGGGGAAGGAAGCUCUUGGAAAUACAUACCUCAGUUACCACUGACACGAAAGAGCUUGAGGGCAGCCAUUCUCCUCGCUUCGCAUUUUUUAUUAUUUAUUGAGCGAAUCUCGCUCGCGGCCAAGACGUGGUGAGCUUGUCAGAGUUACAGCUAUGUCGAACUAGGUAGCCGGGCAUUACCUCAAACGACCCCUUUAGGUACAUAGCAAGCUUGCCUG